AUGGCAUCCAAGAACUAUCUUAUCACCGGAGCUGGCCGAGGCAUAGGUCGAGGCCUGAGUAGACUUCUGCUGCAAAAGGGCCAUCGAGUGUUCCUAGUCGACAACAACGAAGCUGAGCUCAAACAUAUAAUCACCAACAUAUCAAAAGAUCACAACUCAAGUACCAGAUACACCUCCGCCCUCUGUGACCUCCGUCAACAUCAAGCAAUUCAACAAACCGUCGCCGACGCCAAAACCUUCUUCAAUGGCCAUCUCGACGUCCUCAUCAACAAUGCCGCAGACACAUCAAGCGUGGGCCGCUCGCACCUCUCCGAACUCACAUUAGAAGACUGGAAUUCCGCCGUCGAGACCAAUCUCACGGCUCCCAUGCUCCUCUCUCAAGCCUGUCUACCUCUCCUCAAGUCUUCUUCUUCUUCUUCCUCAUCAUCAAGGCCCGAAGGAGAAAGAGCAGGAGGAGGAGGUGUGAUAAUCAACAUAUCUUCCACCCGAGCACUCAUGUCCGAGCCCAACAACGAACCAUAUUCCGCCACCAAAGCCGGUCUGCUCGGUCUCACUCAGAGCAUGGCCGUCUCUCUCGCGCCGCAAGGCAUCCGAGUCAAUGCCAUUUUACCCGGAUGGAUCCACGUGGCGAAUGAAUGCAAAGAGGCGGAUGAGAAAGGGCAGAAGUGGGAAGAAGGGUUGACGAGAGAGGAUCACGCGUGGCAUUUGACAGGUCGUGUGGGGCGCGUGGAGGACGUUUUGAAAGCUGUGGAGUAUCUGGUGGAGAAUGAUGGGGUGAGUGGUGCGGAGCUGGUGGUGGAUGGGGGUGUGACGAGGAAAAUGGUGUAUCCGGAAGAAUAAAAGCGCGGGCAGCUACUACUACUCCUACUAGUAGGUACUAUUGAGUGGUACGUUCUCGAGGCACUUGCCUCUAGUUUCUGUUUAUAUACUGUACUGGCGUAGGUACUGCAGAUACAUUGCUGACUUUCGAGCCUGAGUUCUCAACUUCUUCUCG